AUGCACUUGGCGCCGUCUAACAGCAGCCCUCUCAAUGACGGUUCGAGAGAGAACUUGAAGAUGCGUGGCCCUCCAGACUCCAACGUGGUGGCGUAUAAGCGCCUGUACGCGGGUGUGAAGUACUUGGGUUGGUAUAUGCGUUAUGUCGGUAGUUUCCAGGGCAAGAUGUAUGGUGUCGGCUCCGAAGCUCCUGAUUGUCCGUCUCUUGUCGGUUCCCCUUGA